AUGGCGUGGGGCAAAAAGAAACGCACUCCUUGGUACUCUCCUACCUCCUAUAUUCCGUCUCAUCGUACCCGUCAAAAGUACGAGAAGAUGAUCCGUUACUCGGCGUGCAAGAAUUUGGCCUAUGCUUCCAAGAACGCACCAACCAUUGGAGCACUCCUUCUUGGAAUGAUUUGUAUACUUCUUGCCAAGAGAAUUGCACACAAGUUGCACAUUUCCCGCCUUCGAUGGCAAUACAACUAUGGUCGCCGAGCGCGAUACGUCAGUGAGACCCUCUUCUCUCCCUUUAGCGCCAAAAAGGGGAAGAAGAAAUCUUCUCGGCGCAAAUCCCACUUGAAAUACAGUCAAAACUACCAGAAGGCGGAAGAGGAUAAAAUUAUUCCUUACAACAAUGUCCUUGGAGUUUUUGCCCAAUCCAAAACUCCUCCACCACGAAAGAUCCACCAAAAACAUCAGGUCACUCCAGAAGACAAGGAGAACUCGGAAAAUGGUUCACUGCGGGCGCGAAGAGGAGCGGAAGGACGAAGAACACUUCAAAUCAUGCAGUGA